GCUGUAGGCAAGUUUACCCAAUUCAAACGCUUCAAAUCGAAAUCUCAACUAAGCAGUGCGCCAGCGAGUUGUUUGCGUUUUCGUCUUCUCACUACAUCCGUGCCUAACAUACAGCUUACCCACUUCGUAUCAGUUCAUUCAGUUGACGUCCAAACAUAAAAGCGACCGGUCUCUGUGGGAACAUUUGUUUUUUUUUUAGAAAAUAAAUAAAUAUAAAUAAAAAUUUAAAUAUUUUUAGUACAUAUACAAGUGUACACGCUUCCAGCGAGUGAUUAAGUGCAAACAUUUAAACUUGUCUUGCAAAAACAAACAUUUUAAACAUUCUUCGAGUUAAUUUUCUUUUGGCUGUGCAAUAAUAAUUCCAAAAUGGAUCCCAUGAAAGUUGAAGUGAAGAAGAUUGAUGAACUCUUCCGACUGGAUGGCUAUUUGAAGCCAUUCGAACGCGAAAUACGACGCAGACAUGGCGUACUCCGCGAGUGGAUCAGCAAAAUCGAUCAGCUUGAAGGCGGCAUGGAUACAUUCUCACAAGGCUACAAACACUAUGGUCUACACUUUCAGCAAGACAACUCAGUCAUUGCACGUGAAUGGGCGCCGGGCGCACAACAAGUUUAUCUCACUGGAGACUUUAAUAACUGGCAAUGGGAGGCGCACCCCUUCAAGAAACUUGACUUUGGCAAAUGGGAAUUACAUUUGCCCGCCAAUCCAGAUGGCAGCGCACCCAUCAGGCAUCUGAGCGAAGUUAAAGUGAUCAUACGCAAUCAGGCCGGUCACCUAUUGGAUCGUCUCUCACCUUGGGCGACAUAUGUGCGCCAACCGCCAAAAGAGGCCAAUCAGGGCGUCAACUUUAAACAGUACGUAUGGAAUCCACCACCCACAGAGCGUUACCUUUGCAAGCAUGCACGUCCAAAGCGCCCAAAAUCGUUGCGCAUCUAUGAAUGUCAUGUGGGUAUUGCCUCGCAGGAGCCACGCGUUGGUUCAUAUCAGAAUUUCGCUGAUAAUAUAAUACCGCGCAUCAAACGGCAAGGUUACAAUGCCAUACAGGUAAUGGCUGUUAUGGAGCAUGCUUACUACGCUAGCUUCGGCUAUCAGGUGACCAGUUUCUUUGCCGCCUCCAGUCGUUGUGGCACGCCCGAGGAGUUGAAACGUAUGAUCGAUGUGGCGCAUGAAAAUGGCUUGUAUGUGUUGUUGGAUGUGGUGCAUUCGCACGCGAGUAAGAAUGUGCAGGAUGGUUUGAAUCAAUUUGAUGGCACCAACUCGUGUUUCUUCCAUGAUGGCGCACGUGGUGAGCACUCGUUGUGGGACAGUAGGCUCUUCAAUUAUAUGGAGUAUGAAGUUUUGCGCUUUUUACUGUCCAAUUUACGUUGGUGGCACGAUGAGUACUACUUUGAUGGUUAUCGCUUCGAUGGCGUCACCUCCAUGUUGUAUCACUCGCGUGGCAUCGGUGAAGGUUUCAGCGGCGAUUACAAUGAAUAUUUUGGCCUGAAUGUGGACACGGAUGCUUUGAACUAUCUUGGUCUGGCCAAUUAUAUGUUGCACAUGCAGAAUCCAGAGGUCAUCACCAUAGCAGAGGAUGUCUCAGGUAUGCCCACACUCUGUCGACCAGUCGACGAAGGCGGCAUUGGCUUCGAUUAUCGUCUAGCUAUGGCUAUACCAGACAAGUGGAUCGAAUUGCUGAAAGAGUGCUCCGACGACGCUUGGAAUAUUGGCAAUAUUGUACACACGCUGACAAAUCGCCGGUGGAAGGAGAACACAGUCGCCUAUGCGGAAUCUCACGAUCAAGCUUUGGUGGGUGAUAAAACGAUUGCCUUCUGGCUGAUGGACAAAGAGAUGUACACACACAUGUCUACACUCUCCGAACCGUCGCUGAUCAUUGAUCGUGGCAUUGCGCUGCAUAAAAUGAUACGUUUGAUUACACAUGCGCUCGGCGGUGAGGCGUACCUGAAUUUUAUGGGCAAUGAGUUCGGUCACCCUGAAUGGUUGGACUUCCCACGUGUGGGUAAUAAUGAUUCGUAUCAUUAUGCACGUCGUCAGUGGAAUUUAGUUGAUGACCCUCUGUUAAAGUACAAAUUUUUGAAUGAAUUCGAUCGUGCUAUGAAUGAGUUGGAGGAGCGUUUCGGUUGGUUACAUUCGGAUCCGGCAUAUGUGAGCUGGAAGCAUGAGGGUGAUAAGAUAAUUGCCUUCGAACGCGCUGGCUUAGUGUUCGUUUUCAACUUCCAUCCGACUCAGAGCUUCACAGGGUAUCGUGUUGGGACCAAUUGGGCGGGCACCUACCAAGCGGUGCUGAGUUCAGACGAUGAGUUAUUUGGUGGUCAUAAUCGCAUCGAUAAAAGCUGCAAGCAUGUUACAAGACGUGAAGGAUAUGCGGGCAGGGAGAACUUCUUUGAGGUCUACACACCCUCGCGUACAGCCGUUGUUUAUGCGCAUGUUAGCGACUAGGAGUUGAUUGGAUCAAGAGCUGCACACAAUUUAGCCAUUAUACUCAUAUUAUUUGAUAGUUAUAAAAAAAUUUACUAAUUGUUAAAAGAAAAAAAACACACCCACAUACACUAAUAAAGUGAAAUGAACAAAUAUUUUCUAUUAAAAAAUAGCGUUUAUACAAAUACAGGCAA